ACAGAUGAGCUCAAACGACAAGCCGUUGAGAUUCUUCAAAAACUCGAAAGAUUUCGCGAAAGCAACCCAAAUCACCUAAAGUCCAACCAAUUCCCGCCCAAUCCCUAAUUCCCUGAAAACCCUAAUUUUCCUGAAAACCCUAAUUGUCUUAAACCCUAAUUUUCCUUAAAAACUCCAACCACCCACUAUUUCUCAUCGCAUCGGCAUUUAAACUUCACUAAAAAAAAAGCAUGGCCAUGGACCCAAAGGCAGUGAAAUCAGACCUAGUUCUAAUCCUAGACUUUGGUUCUCAAUACACACACCUCAUCACCCGUCGGAUUCGGGCACUCAACAUAUUCUCUUUGUGCCUGUCUGGUACUUGUCCAUUAGAUGCUAUUACUUCACUUAAUCCAAAGGUUGUGAUUCUCUCUGGUGGUCCCCACUCUGUUCACUCAGCUAAUUCGCCCACUUUUCCGACCGGGUUCGUCGAAUGGGCCGAGUCAAAUGGUUGUUUUGUGCUGGGAAUUUGUUAUGGGUUGCAGUUGAUUGUGCAAAGAUUGGGUGGGGAAGUUAGAAUUGGGGAGAAGCAGGAGUAUGGGAGGAUGGAAAUUGAAGUGGCGGCGAAUUCGGGUAUUUUUGGGAGUAAAAAUGUUGGGGAUAAGCAAGUGGUUUGGAUGAGCCAUGGGGAUGAGGCUGCUGAAUUGCCUGAAGGGUUUGAAGUGGUGGCUAGGAGUCAACAAGGGUCGGUUGCUGCGGUUGAGAAUAGAGAGAAGAGGUAUUACGGGUUGCAAUAUCACCCUGAGGUGACUCAUUCACCGGAGGGCAUGGAUACACUGCGGUAUUUCCUGUUUGAUGUUUGUGGAGUUUGUGCUAGUUGGAGCAUGGAAAAUGUGGUGGAUGAAGAAAUUAAGAUGGUCAAAGGCACCGUCGGGCCUGAAGAUCAUGUCAUAUGUGCAUUGUCGGGGGGUGUAGAUUCGACUGUUGCUGCAACUCUUAUUCAUAAGGCGAUUGGGGAGAGGCUUCAUUGCGUUUUUGUUGACAAUGGAUUAUUAAGGUAUAAGGAGAGAGAGCGGGUAAUGGAUACAUUUGAAAGGGAUUUGCAUCUACCUGUUACUUGUGUGGAUGCUUCUGAACAAUUUCUUAGUGAGUUGAAGGGUGUAGUUGAUCCUGAGAUGAAAAGGAAGAUUAUUGGAAGGGAGUUUAUCAACAUUUUUGAUGCUUUUGCCCAUGAUUUGGAGCAAAAAUUGGGUAAGAAGCCUGCUUAUCUAGUCCAAGGAACCUUGUAUCCUGAUGUCAUUGAAUCUUGCCCACCACCUGGAUCUGGAAGAACCCACUCACACACUAUCAAAAGCCAUCAUAAUGUUGGAGGGCUUCCAAAGGACAUGAAAUUGAAGCUCAUUGAACCACUUAAACUUUUAUUUAAGGAUGAGGUUCGUCAACUAGGAAAGAUCUUGAAUGUUCCUGAAGGAUUUCUGAAGCGACAUCCGUUCCCUGGGCCUGGCCUUGCUGUGCGAGUAUUAGGGGAUGUAACUGAAGGCAAUGCUCUAGAUAUUCUUCGCCAGGUUGAUGAGAUUUUUAUCCAAGCCAUAAAGGAUGCCGGGCUUUAUGAUACAAUUUGGCAAGCUUUCGCAGUAUUUUUACCUGUUAGAUCAGUUGGAGUGCAAGGUGAUCAAAGAACACAUUCUCAUGUUGUGGCGUUGAGAGCUGUUACAAGUCAAGAUGGAAUGACUGCAGAUUGGUACUACUUUGAACACAAGUUCCUUGAUGACGUGGCUCGAAAAAUAUGUAACAGCGUGCGGGGUGUAAACCGAGUUGUUCAAGACAUUACAUCAAAGCCUCCAUCAACUAUUGAAUGGGAAUGAUGGCAUAUUUUGGACCAAGAAAAGAUGAAGUGGAAUUCCAUGAUUGUUGUACAGAAAAAGUACAGGAAAAGAAGCACAGCUGGCAGAGAUCAUGUAAUUCUCGUUGUAUCAUCAAGAAAGGGUUUUCAGGCCUGAUAAGAGAUUGCCGAAGCAUCAUCGACUGACAUUUAUUGAUAGUUCCAGAUCAAUUGAUGCUUUCCUUAGCUCUCUUUACUAUUUAAAAUGUAAAUUUGUUGCUAACGAGUUAGCUUACUCUUGCGGAAUCACUCAUGAAAUCUACUCACUGCUCUAAAACAAAUCUCAUUUUUGGCAUUUGUAAAUGUUUAAUGAAUUGUAAUACUCAAUGUGGCUAGGUAUGAACAUAUGAAAAUUUGAUUGAACAAAAUGACAAACUUA